AUGCAAACUGAAAACAGAGAAGCACUUAAGAAAGAUAUGGAAGAGUUUUUAGUGAAAGAAAUUGAGGUUGAAACACAGAUAGAAAACGUUCAAAAAUUGGGACAGGAAACAUAUUUAAUAGAAUUCGAAAAAUUUAAGGACAAAGAUAAAGUAAUGAAAAGUAAAUAUAAACUGAGGAAUAAAUGCAAGAGAAUUUACAUCAAUGAAGAUAUGACCAAGAAAGAGCAGGAAAAAGAGAAGCAAAUAAGAAAGAGGGCAAUAGAAGAGAAGAAAAAAGGAAAGAACGUUAAAAUUGGGUAUAGUAAGAUUAUAAUUGAUGGAGAGGAGUUGAGAUGGAAUAAGGCGAGAGAAACACUAGAGCAAGGAAAAGGAAAGAACUCUGAAAAGGGACAAACAAAAGAAAUAUGGAAAAUAGGAACGUGGAAUAUAAGGAGCAUUAAUGGAAAGGAAAAUGAACUGAUGCAAGAGUUUCAAAAUGCAGGACUGGAUAUUUUAGCAGUGUCAGAAACAAAGAAAAAGAAUAAAGGGGUGAUGGAAUUAGAAAAUGGUCACUUGUUAAUAUAUAGUGGAGUAGAAAAUAAUAAAAGGGCAGCAGCAGGUGUCGGAUGCAUAAUUCAUCAAAAAUUAAUACAAAGUGUGAGUAAAUGGGAAGCACAUACGGAGAGAAUUUUAUCAGUGGAGAUAAAGAAAAGAGAUGGAAAACAAAUGACUGUGAUAUGUGUAUAUGGGCCAGAUGAAGAUGAAAAAGCAGAAAUAAAAGACACAUUCUGGGAGGAAUUAACAUUAGUCACUGAAGAAAGUAAAGGAAUAGUAUAUGUAUUAGGAGAUUUUAACAGUAGAGUGGGUAAGAAAGAUGGAAGAUAUAACACAGUAAUAGGUCAAUAUGGUGAAAAUAAAAGAAAUAAUAAUGGAAAGAGAAUGCUGGAGUAUUGCCUAUUAAAUAACUUGAUUAUAACAAACACUUUUUAUGAACACAAAGAGAUACAUAAAUACACGCGAGUAGAAGCCAACAGAGGAGAAAAAUCAUUAAUCGAUUAUGUGUUAACUGAGAAGAAUAAUAGAAAGCAGAUUAUGGAUACGAGAGUUAAAAGAGGAUCAGAAAUAAAUAGUGAUCAUUACUUGGUAGUAACUAAUAUUAAGAAUGAUAAGAACCCAAAAUACGAAAUAAACGAGAAAACCGAUAAGAUGAGACAACAUGAAACAAUAAAAUCAUACAUGCUAACAAACCCAAAAGUGAGAGAAAAAUAUGAACAGCUGAUAAACGCAGAAACAGAAAAAAUAUUGGCAGACAAUGAAAAUAUUAGCGCGAAUCAACUAUGGAAUAUGUUUAAAGAAAUAAUAUUGGAAUGUGCCAAGAAGACAUGUGGAACAAGUAAAAUAUUAAACAACAGGAAACAAACAGUGUGGUGGAAUGAAGAAAUAAAACAACAAGUUCAAAGUAAAAAGAGAAAAUGGAAAGUUUACUUAACAAAGAAAACUGAAGAAAGCCUGGAAGAAUAUAAAAGGCAAAGAAAUAUUGUUAAAAGCACUAUAGCUGCAGCUAAAGAGAAAACCGAUUAUAGCCGCCAUUUGGAUGAAAUAGCCAAAGAAACGCAACGGCUGGUGCUCGAGACCCUUCAGGAAUUGCUUAUAAACGGGAAAGCAGAUGGCGGCGUGGAAUUACUUAUGCAAUGGGAAUCGUAUCUUGGAAUGGAUGGUGCACUGAAACAAACAAUGGAAGAAGACUCAAAACUGUUUUUGAGAAAGAUAGCUAAAUUAAAUGAAAUAUGGGACAAAUUAAAACCUCUCAUAAACAGCGGUAAUCUAAAUGUUUUAAAAGAUUUGUAUAUAAAAUCCCAAAAGGUCUCAAGUUCAGUAAAGGAGGAUGGUUCUUUGAAUGCUGGUGGCAAAUUCGAGUGGGUGGACUCUGUUCUGAUAAAGUGUCUUCAAGAUGGAUCAUGGCUUCUAAUAGACAAUGUAAAUCUGUGCAGUUCCGCUGUACUAGAUCGCCUUAAUGCUCUUUUGGAACCACGGGGUGUUCUGACAAUAUCUGAGAGAGGGGUCGACCAAAAUGGUCAAAUGAUUGAGGUCAGACCUCACAAGGAUUUCAGGCUCUUUUUAACUAUGGAUCCUAAAAAUGGAGAAAUAUCAAGAGCAAUGCGGAACAGGGGGGUAGAAAUAUACAUGCUUAAUGAAAAAGAGUCUCAGGACUUAAAUGUGCUUGACAUAAAGAGUUUAAUAAAUCUUGAGAGUCUAAAAGAGACAAGUCAUAUAAACUCAUUGUUAAAAAUCCACGAUUUCGUUAGCGACCUGACCCUAGGAGAGAAACCUAAUAUUAACGAAAUUCUUCAUGCUUCCUCUCUAAUUGCUCAACAAAUAAAUCAUGGAGUGAAAACACUGGUGGCAUUUUCCUCUGCCAUAGUUGAUGUUUACUACAAAACAAGGAGCACCGUCGAAUUUAAUUGUAACGACACUGUGAAUGUCUUGAAAAAUGAGAUAGAAAGAAUUCUUAACGAGUGUUCAGGUGUACAAGACGAAAAGGACAUUGACGUUUACAAUGAAAAUGUAACUUUAAUGACACAAAAUAUUUCAACUUGUUCAUCCAUAGAGAAAAUUAAGCAACACUUUUCAGUUUUACAUAAAUAUUUAACUUCACCAAAUACAUUUGAAGUUGAUAAUAUUCUUAUUAAUUUAUUAAUAAACUAUUUUUCUAUAAGCUCACUGGAAGAUUUAGAAAUAAGGCAUAUCUAUUCACGAUAUAAUUUAAAUUCUACGUCUCUUAAAUCCCAUUUAAAUAAAAAUUCUGCUUUAAUAAAACUUAAUGAAAAAUUAAAUGAAGUUAUUUUGAAAAUGAAAACUACCGACUACCCAACUUUACCACAAGAUUAUAGAUGGAUUCCUGAAACGCUUUACGAAAUAAAAAAUUUGCUACAAAGUAACAAGCUAAAUUUAGCACUACACUUAGCUUCAAACAAUUUCAAAGAAGACACUGAAUUUAAUUUAAUUAAAGAAAAAAGUAAAUCGCAAAAGGAGGUUACUUUACUUGAUUACAUGCAUGAAAAACGAAAAAGAAAGAUACAAGACAAAUUUAAUAAUGUGAUUAUAAAUGAAUAUCUCCACUUAAUUAAAGAAUUUGACGAUUAUUUGCACAACAUUCCAGGACAAGUAAGCAGUUUAGAUGAAGCGACUGUUAUUAAAGUAUUGCAACUAAUUUUUUGGAGACAUGCCUUUCAAAAAUGCACACUGGCAAACAUUAAAAAUAUGAAUUCAACAGAUCAAUACAAUAUGUUAGUUAAUUUAAGUGUACAUUACAAAUGGUUUUUCAAAUAUGCUAUACAACAUGUGUCAUUCCUCACAAAGGUUGAUGUACCCAACAGUUUGACAAAAAUUACAACUAAGAUCAACACUACACUGGAAAAACAGUUUUCUUGUAUGCAGAAAAUUGGGAAAAAUUAUCAAAAAGUAAGCAGUACACCACCACCUUUUAUCAACACUCAUCAGUUGAAAGUAAUUCCUGUUUACAAUGGAAUAAGCAGUUUUUAUAAUUUAUGUGAAAGACCAACCGAUAUCACAAAAAUUGUUACUUUCUUAAAACAAGAAAAAGAAUUAAGACCACUGUUAAUUGAACUUAAAUCUGAAUUGGAUUAUCACUUCACUGAUGCAUCUAAAAGUAUUGACCGCUUGAAAUUGCUUCAUGAAACAUAUACAUCUGAGGAACCUCGCAAAAGUGUAUCUAAAUUCGAAAUACAACUUCUGCCAGUAAUUGACUAUAUUUCAAAUUUAUCAAUAAGAGAUAUUUUGAAAACUUUACCUAAAGUAGAUCUUUCAGACUUUGUAAGCAACAGUAUCACCAUUCCAACUGACCUUGUUGGUACUUUAAUGUGGUAUAACAAAACUGAAGAUCUAAGGUUGUUACAUGAAAUUACAAAGUUAUAUUAUUUGUAUCUUCUGAAUUCACCAGCAGUUAGACCAAAUAAAUAUUUAAUAAAUAUCGAAGAAGAUCGUGAAGGAUUAAUUAUUAGCAAUUUUAAUCCAAAACUGACAUACUACUUAAGUAUUCUACUGGAUAGUAACAAAAAUUAUAAUAAUUUUGAGUUUAUAACUCUUGGCAACUUCAGAGAACGAUUACAGCAACACAACCACCUUAGCUUGAUCCUGUGGAGAAAUAUAUAUCAUUUAUCUGAGAAGAAAUAUGAUUAUCUGUGCACCGAAAAGGAAUAUAUUUUGCGAAUAAUUAAAAUAUUCAUAAUACAGUUAACUGAAUCAUUAAACAUAGAAGACACAAAUGGUAAAACAUUACCAGAGAUUAUUAAUGAAUGUACGCAGACUUUAGACCACUACAAAAAUAUUGGUUCUUUAACAGAUGUCAGUAAUGAAAUGUCUAAAAUUAAAAAACACCUACAGAACUGCUCCGUAAAAAUUGGGCAAUUAAAAAAUUGUACCGAAUUAAAUAAUACUUUAUUGAUAAUUUCUGACUUGUAUAUGGAAUUGAGUUUUAUCAAAGCUGUGUUUAAUUCAAAACUAUCGUUAAUUGAUCCAUUGGCAAAAAAGACGCUAAAGAAGGAAUACUGUUUAAAAUCGAUCGACUUUUUCAGAGACUUGAAAAAAUGCUAUGAAUUGCAAAACUCUAUUUACAGUAACUCAUAUCAAACGAUACAUUCAUACCAUGAACCGGUACAACAAAUUAUUGAAGAAUUGGAAAUGAAAAAUGAUGAUCUUUGCCAAUACGUUGCCGUAAGGUCAACAGUGGUGUUGUAUGAGAGUAUUUUAAAGGUCAUUAAUCAUGCAUUUAACACCAUUCUAUCUGAAGACAAUGUCAACAGAACUAGUUCAGCUCUAACUUAUCAAAUAUUGGAUAUAAUAAGUGCUCUUUCGUCAAAGGAAGAAAUUGAUUACAGAUAUUUCAUUAAUAAACUAAAUACGCACAAGUCUCUUAUUCCAAGCUAUGAAUCGUUAAUUCACGAGUGGACCAACUUCCGUAAUACUUUUCCAGAUAUUAUAGAACCUCUCUUGAGUAACGUGGUUGAAUUUUUAUACGGCUUCAGAAUGAAAGUAUCGCUGUUAAGCAAACUUAUAACGGAAUAUGAAAAUAUGAAAUUUGGCGUAAAUGUCCAGCAAGAAUUGUUAAAUUUUGUGAAGUUGCCAGUGUUAGAUGAAAAUCAAAGUACUUACAGUGAACACAUAGAAACACUUACAAGCCAGAGAAUUAAUAAUUUUGUCAAACACGUUCUGGAAGAUGAAAAUAUGCCUCAUAUUAAAGAACAGGAAAGCUUUAGGCUGCUAAAAUGUGGUAUUCAAGAGAGUUUUAACCUCUGUACAAUAGAUGCAAAAGCUGGGGACAGUUUGAAUAAAAAUUUGUUUAUGAAAUUUGUUGCACUUCUAAAUGUAUUGGUAAGUUCAUGGAAUAAACAGCAAGAACAAAAGGAAAAACAGGAGAAAGAAGGGGAAAGUCUAUAUAAAACGAGGACCAAGUGUGACGAUAAACCGGAAGAACAGCAGAUAGAAGAAGAAUUAAAGGAACUUUUCCCAAAUUACCAUGACAUAGAUUUUUCAGAUUUUCAGAGUAGUGCUGAGUUAAAAGAUGAUCUACAAGAAGAACGUCUAGUGGAGGAAUAUAAAGGAGAAAUCUCCUAUCAAGACUUGAAGUUUGUAGUAGAAUUGCAUAUGAGGCUUGUCCAAAACUUCACUAAAACUGAGUGGCUGAACCCAACUGUAGCCAAAAAUAUGUGCCAUAAUUUCAUCGAUCCUUUAUUAGAAAAAUAUAAAGUAUUUACCCAAAUAUUAAAUAAAUCAAUUAAUUGUUUAGAUUACAGUUUAGACAUAAAAUUGAUCACCAGUUUCAAUGUUUUGUUGAGCGUCAUACAAAGAUAUGGACAAUCCAGUGAUAUAUCUGAUCAAACCCUCUCUCCUACUAAAACAUUACACAAAAAAAGAGAUUUCUAUAGAGACCCUAAUGUAGAGGAAGUGAAGUCCUGCUACCACAUCUUGGAGGAACUAAGAUUAAGGAUAAACGAACUUCUAGACGAGUGGCCUGACCAACCGACAUUAAAAACUAUUAUUUUAGUCAUUGACAGAAUAUACGAAUUUGAUAUAACUAGUCCAAUAUCAAGAUUUUUAACUGGUUUUGAGAUUCUUCUUAGCAAAUGCCACGAAUGGGAAGAGGUUGCUCACUCAGGUGUUAGUUUGAGCCAAUAUUACCAAAAUAUCACCCAGCAAAUUAUUACUUGGAGAAAAUUGGAGUUGACUAUGUGGAAAGAUCUAUUAAAUCAAACAUACGAAAGAUUAAAUGAACCAAUAACUAAAUGGUGGUUGUACAUUUAUAAUAUAAUGGAACAAUUUGUUGUAGAGAAGAGAUAUUCAGAAAUAGAAUUAAUCGAAACUUUACAAACAUUUUUAACAAAGUCCAACCUGGCUGAGUUUGAAGGAAGGUUGAAUUUGCUGUACAUUUUCCAUUGCCAUGCUACAUAUUUAGAAAGAUCUAAAGAAACAGAGUUGUUCAUAAAUAUUCUGUGGAAUAUUUACAGUUAUUUCCAACAAUUUAGCUUAACGAUUUCAAAGAAAAUUAAAGAUCUAAGAACGCCUAUUGAAAAGAAACUAAAAGAUUACGUUAAAAUCAUCAGAUGGAAGGAUAUAAACUAUUGGGCAAUUAAGCAGACAGUAGAUAAAUCACAUAAAACUCUACACAAUUACAUGAGGGAAUUUCAGGAGGCGUUACAACAACCAAUAACUCCAUAUCUCGUUAAUACAGACAACGAUAAUGUAACAGAAAAUGUGGGAAUAUGGGACAGGCCUCAAAGACAAAGUCCAAAAACUUACCAUUACACGUUGGACCCUGAAGCUUAUCUGGCAAAGCAAUCAUUAACUAAGAAAAUUCAUACAGUAGAAUCCAAACCCGACGAAGGUAUAUUGGCCAGAGUAGAAUCUUAUUUCCUGAAGUCAAGAAAGUUGUGCAAAGAAAUAAUAGGGGCCACCAGCUACCCAAAUUUGGUGCAAACAUUAGAUGGAUUUAUAACUGAUAUUAUUGAAACUAGCACCCAUUUACAAAGUUUAGAGGUGGAUACAACUUUGCCAAAAGAAAAACAAAAAUCUCAGGCUAAAAAUAUACUACAACAGAAACACAGAGCUCUAGCAGAUUUAUUUAAAAGUCUAACUAAAAUUGGAUUGUCAUUUAGAACCGGUGUUGUUGAAUCGAAAAUUAAAGCUGUUUCUGAUGACUUCACUUUAAAACCUAUAAAUUUAAGUGCAGCUUUCGAACAUAUAAAUUAUGGUCGUCAAGAAGAAAAAAUCCUUACUAUAUGGGACUCAUGUGAAAUCUACUACACAAAGUCUUUAAUGAGAACAGAUGUACUGGACACCGCAUUGAAGAAUCCAGCUCAGGACCUCGGCUUACAGAACAUCGAAAGAUGUAAAGGUUUUUCUGCACAUUUAACGGCUUAUGCAAGAAAACAGAAAUAUGAGUUAAUAAAUUCAAGCAGGAUAUAUUACUAUUUACGCUUCUAUGCAAAACAGUUGAAUGAAGCGUGUGAAGGAAAAAAUUUCCUACACGUUGAAACUGUAGAAAACACUAUAGAUUUGUUAAAAAAUGUAACAAUUGUAAUGAAUCAAUGCAAGAUAAUUUUGAACAGUUGCCCCUCGGAAGGAAAUUUUGGAGAUGACCUCCUAGAAGUACCAGUUUUAAAAUCAGAUGUCAAAGAAUGUAUUGAGUACAAACAUGAUGCAAUAUGGUCUAAAGCAGCUGCACUUAUAAAUAAUAUUUUGAGUGCAGCAAGUAAAUUGAAUUCAUUUCUUCAGAAAUGUAAAGGAAAUGUACCAAGUGUCGAAUACGAUCUGGUAUCCACAGAAUUUGUUCCAAUUUCUGAUUUAAAUAGUAUAGAAAAUGAUUUGAUUAACAUGUACAAAAAUAUAGAAAACUUGAAACUAAUAUUUGGAAACAUCGCUGUAAAUGAAAGUCUGAAUUGGUUGAUGAAGCUGAUUGCUACAGUAGGAGAGCAAUUUGAGAUGCAAAAAUCAGACACGUUAAGUGUUAACACCGACGAAUUUAAAAAACAAAUCCCAAAGUUUUGUGAAAAACUUUUAUUGAUAGUGCAAAAUCUUUACAAGAAGUAUGUCAUUGAAAAUAAAAAAACUGAGAUGAAAGAGAAAGAAAAUAAUGAAGAUUUAGAAGAUGAUAAACUUCAAGAAGAGCAUCUGAAAACUCUUAUCGUGGAAAAUUUAUUCAACGACAUUGCAACUUUAAAAAUGAAAGACAUAUUAAAAUCAGUUCACGACAUUUCAAGUCAUCUGUUAAAAACGCCACUAAAGUAUGCAAACGAAUUAAAACCCCUGGUAUAUCAAUGCCUACCACUCUUGGAUCAAACAAUUCAUCUCUAUCAGUAUUUUAUAACCCAACAGGUUUCGGCAUACAGACUCACCUGUAAAAUGAACUCAAUCUUAUUAAAUAUUUUUAUAGAUUUGGUAUCAAAAGGAUUUUGUGUUCCUCCUGAAUUUUCGGAUGAAAUGGAUGGUGAAGGUGUUAGUAAACCGUCCGAUGGACUUGGACUAGGUGAAGGUGAAGGUGAAAGAGACGUCUCUGAUAAAAUAGAAUCUGAAGAUCAGUUAGAUGAUGCGCAACCAGCAGGUCAGGAGAAAAAGAAUGAUGAGGAUCCGGAUUGUAAAGAAUCAGAGAAAGGAAUUGAAAUGAGUGAGGAUUUCGACAGUAAAUUGCAAGAUAAAGAAAAGAAAGAGGACGAUGAUGAUGAUGAAAGCAACUCUGGCGAUUCGGAUGCCAAUGAGCAAAUGGGUGAGACAGAAAAAGGUGCUGAACAAUUAGAUCAGGAAAUUUGGGGAUCGGAUAACGAAGAGGACAAAAACGAAGAUGAAGCAUCUGAGAAAAAGGAGGAGAAAGGUGAAAAAGGAGAAGAGCUAGGAGAGGAUCAAUUAGGUGCCAAAGAAGACAACCCCUCUAAAACCGAUUCAGAUGAAAAUAAUGAUAAAAAUAAUAAAGAAGAAAGGGAAAGUACCAAAAAAGAUAUAAAUGAAAUGGAAGAACCAGAAUAUGAUGACGAUCAAAUUGAUCCCCAUCAUGGGAAACAGCCAGAAUUACCAGAACCAGAGCCAAUGGAUCUACCAGACGAUUUGCAAUUGGACGAAGGACAAGACAAUGAUAAUGAGAACAAUAAUCCGGAAGAAAAUCCAUUUGAUAUUGAUACUAUGAAAGAGGAAAAUCUAUCAAAAGAAGAAAAUGUUAAUGAGGACAAGGGAGAUGAGGAGAAUGAAGAAAAACAUGAUGAAGAAGACGAGUUCAGUAGUGAUGAUGAAGAAAUUACAAAGAAAGAAGAUUUAAAUCAAGAUGAUGCUAAUUCAGAAAAAGGUAAAGAUAACGAAACCAAAGAAACUCAUAAAAAUGAUGAAGACUCUGAAUCUGAUCAAGAAGCAGAAGAUAAAGAUAAUUCAGCUUUAGAUCAAUCUCAAAGUAAUCAGGAAAACAUUGAGGCUAUGGAAGCUACCGGUGCUGACAAUGUAGAAGCAUCUCAGUCAGAUAAUCAAAAGUCAAAUCAACCUAUAGAUGAACUUUGUCAGGAGGAUGCACCUGAUAACGAAGGCAUGGGUCAGUCUCAAAUGGAAGAAAGUGCAACCGGCCAUUCAGCACAAACUACGCUACCACAAGAAGUGAAAACUGGUAAAAGGGAAUUAGAAGAAGAGGAAAUGAGAAAACAAAAACCAGGAGAAUCAGAUUCGCAAAGAAGUUUAGGUGAUGUUAAUGAACCAGUUCGUAAAAAACUGAAAUCAGUAGAUUCGAGGAAGGAGGAACCAAAUAUUGAUCAGGAUCAAGAAAACAAUGAUGAUGAAGCAGCUGAAAUGUAUCAACAUAUAAAAGAUGCGAGUAAAGAAUCAGCAACUCAGAUUUUAGAUGUAGCCACUAAAGAACAAGCGGAAGAUCAGAAAAAAGAAACUGUAAAUAAAGAAGACGAAAUAACAGAUGAGCCAAUGGAGUCCUCUCAAAAUCUACCUUCUGAAGAAGAGCAAGAAGAUAUCGAUGUGGCUGAAGUUCCUACCGAAAUGUCAGAAAAAACUGAGAAGAGUAAAAGUAAUAAAGGUUCUCAAAAACAACAUCCUGAGGGUGACAUUUUAGAGGAGACGCAAAAUAUAGAUGUAGAAGGAGAUAUAGUACGAACAACAACAGUUCCACGAAAUACGGAGUCAACUCACCACACACAGUACAGUAACAUUUUUGAGACCUCAGCAACUAGACUUUCACCGGAAGAAAUAAACAAUUUGAGGUCGGAAGUAGAAAAACAGUUUAUGGCAUGGAACGAACCACCACCCAGUGCAGAAGCUGAAAAGACAUGGCAAAAAAUUACCUCGGUAACCGCCUCAUUGGCACAAGAUCUAUCGGAGCAAUUGAGACUUGUUUUAGAACCCACUCAGGCAAGUCGAUUGAAAGGAGAUUUCAGGACUGGACGGAGAAUUAAUAUGAGGAAAGUUAUACCGUACAUCGCGUCACAAUUCCGAAAAGACAAAAUUUGGUUGCGCAGAACGAAACCAUCCAAACGAGAGUAUCAGAUCGUGCUGGCCAUAGAUGACUCAUCAAGUAUGGCCGACAAUCAUUCGAAAGAGUUAGCGUUUGAGAGCGUGUCGCUUAUUUCAAAAGCUCUAACUUUACUGGAGAGUGGACAGUUAUCCGUCAUAAGCUUUGGAGAAACAGUGGAAGUAUUACAUAAGUUGACGGAUCAGUUUACUGAUAAAAGUGGAGUUAAGCUGUUGCAGAAGUUUAGAUUCGACCAGGGUAAGACCUAUGUGGCCAAACUAGUUGAUUUUGCUACAGAAAUAUUCAACCAGUCGCAAGUUCAUUCAUCCGCUCUUAAUGCCAAAUUGUUAGUUAUCGUUAGUGACGGCAGAGGAGUGUUUUCGGAAGGGGAAACUUAUGUCACGCAAGCCAUAAGAAGGGCGAAACUGUGUGGCAUAUUUAUGGUAUUCGUAAUUAUCGAUAAUCCCGAAAAUAAAAGUUCUGUCUUGGAUAUAAGAAUGCCCGUGUUUAGAGAUGGGAAAUUGUUAGGGAUUGAAAAUUAUAUGGAUACUUUCCCGUUUUCUUUUUAUAUCAUCUUAAGAGAUAUCAAUUCUUUACCUAAUGUAUUAAGUGAUGCUUUGCGACAGUGGUUCGAAAUUGUGUCAAAUUUGGAUAAGCAGUAGUUUUUGUGACUGUUAGACUUCCACUACAAUAAUUUAUACAGUAGUACAUGAUUUUGUAAAACUUUAUGCUGUAUAUGCAGAGUGCUUUUUUAAUAAACAGA